CUAAGCUAUAGAGCUAGAAGAUUCCGGCGGGGGACGUCUGGUGAGGCCAUCGUUUCGCAGAACCGAGACAAGAGGCAGAGGAGUUGGUGUUGUCCAAUUAAGAGAACCUUCACUCGGAUAGGUAAGCUGGGCAGCCACAUGCGCUGCACUAUUUGCUUUUCUGGGUAUCCAACUCCAGUUGUGAUACUCAAAUCCGGCCACUUUCUCCCGGAUUCGGUUGUAUAUAUGGUAAGUCUUCCAAUUGGAACAAGUAGAAUUCUUCAGAUCCAUGAUUGCAUGUUUCGAAUGUGACUCCAAAAUCACUCUCCUCAAAACCCAGCGAGCUUGCAAUUAAGAGAGACACCCUCCAACAGAGCCAUGGCUUCAGCCGAUACAAUAUCCUCCACAUGCAACUGGGUUGUUAGACCUGCCACGCACGCAAUCCCCAAGUGGACUUGAUCGAUAGGCAAUCAGUAAGCUUUCAGAAAUCAGAGCUUGUUCAAGCAAGCAAUGGCUUUCCAUGCGUACUUAAUGAAGAAGACUCUUGUAAUAUUAUGCGUCUUCUUGAUGGGAUCUUCAGCUGUGUCUAAAGCGACGCCGCUAACAUUAAUUUCUGAAGGUAAUGAUUCCGUGAAUGUUUCCCGAGUAUUUGAGAACUGGAUGGAAGAGCAUGGACGCACUUACUCGAGCGGUGAGGAGAAAGCAAAACGUUUUGCUAUAUUCAAAGAGAACUUGGAUUAUAUAGAAGACUUUAACAGCCAAGGGAAUCACAGUUUCGCAUUAGCCCUCAAUGCAUUCAGUGAUAUGACUUGUGCAGAGUUGCUUAAGCCAAGCUCGUCUUUUAGGUAUCAAGAUUUUAAACUCGAGGAUCUUCCCCCAAACUGGGACUGGAGGACUCAAGGAGCUGUGACCAACGUCAAGGAUCAGAAAGAUUGUGAUUGUGGUUGGGCUUUUGCAACAGCAGCAGCAGUGGAAGGGCUUACCCCAUUCUACAAUAAACCUUACGGGAAACUUAUGAACUUGUCCGAAAAAGAACUAAUUACAUGUACUAAGCCCUCCUGGAUAAAAGGAAUUGCGAGUUACAUAAGUCAGAUCAAAGAGGCUAUGAGUUACGCAAGAGAUCACGGACUCAUCACUGAAGAAAAGCAUCCUUACAGGGUUGCUGAUAACCAAUCAUGCCCAGAUAUGAAGAUUUCUGGUUACGAAGUUGUUCCCGAGUUUGAUGAAGUUGCUCUAGCUAAGGCUGUUUACCAUCAACCAGUUGUAGUCGUGCAUUCCACCAGCAAAAGAUUUCGCGCACACAGAGGCGGUAUUUUUAUGGAUGCAGAUGGGAAGUGUGGGAGAGGUAACAUCAACCACACUAGUACACUAGUUGGCUUCGGUACAACUGCACUCGGCCAAGACUAUUGGAUUCUGAAGAAUUCAUGGGGCACCCAUUGGGGUGAACAUGGUUAUGCGAGAAUUAGAAGAAAUACUAGAGAUAAGCGAGGUGUUUGUAACCUGGCAACAUUUGCGGUGUUCCCCACUCUUUGAUGAGUAUGAUAGAAAUCUGUGAAGGCCUUUGCAAACAGUACAAGUAGU